CUCUCUCUCUCUUGCUCUCUCUCUCUCUCUCAGAUCACAUUUUUGGAAAUCUAUCACCCACCCACCUUAGCGCCAUGGCAAACCGAGGCCCCGCUUACGGACUCAGUCGGGAGGUUCAGCAAAAGAUCGACCGCCAGUACGAUCCGGAUCUGGAACAGAUUAUCAUCCAGUGGAUCAAGGCUCAGUGUGGACCAGACGUCGGGGAGCCCGAACCGGGUAAAGAAAAUUUCCAGAAAUGGCUGAAAGAUGGCACGGUGAGGGAUUUUAUUUUAUUUUUCGAUUUUGCUCUGUCGCCUCUAUUUUUCUUUUUCUUUCUGCCUGCUCUCCCUGUAUUGGAUGAAGCCGAACUGGCUGCCAAAAAUUAUUUCAGAGGGUAUUUUGAUCGAAUCCACUGUGGGAAGGGCGGAAGAUUUAAAGCAAAAAAAAAAGGUUUCUUGCUUAAUCUACCAUUAAACCAGCAUCGCCUUUCAACCUGGGAAUUUCCCUGUCCUCAUUCAGACUCCUUUUUUUUUUCUCUUUGCGUUGCUAGGAAAUCCCAGGAGAAUCGCCGGGCCUUCUCGGAUGACAAACUCCGAGAGGGACAGAGCGUCAUCGGGCUGCAGAUGGGGACAAACCGAGGGGCUUCCCAGGCGGGCAUGACGGGUUACGGGAUGCCCCGUCAGAUCCUUUGAGCCCACCGUCCCGGCCUUCCCCUCCACCUCCUCCAGUAUCUUCCUUUUUUUUUUUCCCCAGAGAACUUUCCGAGUUUGUUCUCCAAGAAGCGAUCCAUUUGGAGUCUCCCAUUUUUCCUUCAGACUCCCUUCGACCAUGUUUUUUUCCCCCAAUAUUAAAACCACAACAAAAAAUCCACUUUGGUUUCCUUCCCAGUCUCAGCCGAGAAUGAAUUUUUUCCCCCCUGCCUCUCCAUCAUCUCACGACCCUUCCAUUUCUCCAAAGGUGCCCAAGGAUUCCAAGCUUCUUUGGAAUCGAAACCCUUCUCUUCUGGACCAAAAUAAUCACCUUUUUUUAAAAAAGAAAGAAAAAGAAAGUCCUAAUGUUUCAGGGGGUUGUUUUGCUUCACCCCAAAAGACCCGUUAGAUGCUAUAGAAUAGACGGCGGGCGGUGCAACUGCGUUGCUUAAUUUUGGGUAAAUUUUUGAGGGCCGUGUGCACUCACACCCAGCCCUGCUUUGAAGGAAUAGGAAGAUUCAUCCCUUCCUCCAAAAUGUCACCCCUGGGGAGCUGGGUUCUUGGAAGAAGACCCCCCCCCCAUCUACGCUUCCUGGGUUCAGCUUUUAUUUUGAGGAGUGGGGGGAGGCGAUGUUGUUAAGAUUGGACAGAACCGUGCAGCCGAGUCUGCUCUUGCCAAAAUCCUUAAAUCGGUCAGGGGAAGAGGGUAAACCAUCCUUGGGGUACCCAGAUCCAUGGUGCUGGUGUAUAUUCUCCCCUCCACAGCUCGGCCUAAGCUUUUGCUCUUCAAAACAAAAAAAAGUUUCAAAAAGUUUGCUCUUGGCUUUCGGGAGUUUCCUUGAGUCCCCCAGCUUUUGGGAAGGGCAACACAGCCAGAAGCGUUAAUAACUACCCUGAACUUUGAAACGAGAUGUGGAAAGCAUCCUGCCUCAAGGCUCUUGAUAAGAAAUAAAGAUUGCUCAGUUCUUGUUG